UGCUUUGUUGUGGGGUGAACAGUAGAGUCACGAGGCAGGGACAUGUAAAAAAAAAUGUCCCAGAUUGUUGCGACACUGUUAAAUCCUGUCUGAUAUUAACCCAACAAGUCCAACAGAGAUAAUACUUUUCAAACAAAGUUUUCAAACACAGAUGUGAGCUUUUUUGGCUCAGCGUGUACGUGGUUUACCGUGCUGUUGCAGCCAGCCUCAAGUGGGCACUUGGGGGGACUGCAGUUUUUAGCGCUUCUGCACCACCCUCAUUUCUCAAGGGAGACGUCCACCAAACUGAAGAAAACAGAUAUGAAGCAGCCACAAACCUCAACCAACUGACUUUGUCAUUUUUAUCGACAAAUCAAAUUCAAACGAGCAAAAUCAUCUUAUCAGCUUGCAUUAGUUGGUGCUUUUAGUUGGUUAUUACUGGGUAAUGAGCGAGGUUAUGUAUAGUAAGGGAAUAGUAGGAUGAGACAAGACUAACAUGAGGUGAAGGGUAUAGUCACCCCUGACUGGAUUAUUUCAUAUAAACUGACCUGCUUGGUGUAAAUCAUUCCUAACACAAUGUGUACCUGUAUAUAAUACGAUUUUCACAGUGAUAUUGUCUGAAACACCCUCAUAAAGAGCAAAAAAACCUUGACUUCUCAGUAUCAGAAUGAGGAACUGCUGAGUCAGGCAUUCAUUCUUCUUUGUAAUUACAGGGAAAAAAAGAAGAAAAAAAAAACCUGGCUGUGGUUUUGCGUAUAAUCCAUGAUUCAGAUGAUUGGCGUGGCAUAAAAAGGAUUGAAUUCACAAAGAAACUGCAAAGUCAUGGAGAGACUGCCUCUACAUGAAUGAUCAGCAAAUGACUAUUACUUACAUCACAUUAACUGCUGUAAGCUUGAGGCGGCUGUUGCUCAGUAGGGGAGACCGGGGCUUGUUGUCACACUUUUUACACUCUUAUAUAUAUCUUGAAAUUAAUACAUCCUAUAUAAACAAAACGUGUACCACAUGAAAGACAAAAGUCUCAGGUAUAUAUUUCAUAUUCAUGUCAUUUUCAUAUCUUGUGUCAGUGCAGAGUUAUAAGCAAUCAAAUAGAGAGUGUGAACAUGUGACAUGUUGCCCCACCAUUGGGUAAGAUGUCACAGUGGAUUUUGCAGCUAUUAAAACAAAGACAAAAUUAUUGUUGUUCUCAUUUUUUUACAUGAAAGUGGACAUUAAAGUCAGGCACAGAAAAAGAUUAUCAUUGAGCUCGAAAAAGUCAUCCAACAAACGUUGAUAUAAAAUAAUAUGCACCAUACUCUGGAGUUUGGAGAGCUGUCUGACUCUGUAUUUCGGCUGAGGUUGAUGGUUUGCAGUACCGAGCCCAGGUAUUGUAGUUGACAUUAAAGUCCUUUAUUGUAGUCCAGAUUGAUUUAUUAGCUAGGGUCACCUGCCUGACUGCCCUUAGCAUCACGUCAGGUAUUGCACUGCCAUGUUCUGUUUUUCUUUUGUAAUUCCUGACCAUGUUUUCUAAUUGCAAUGUGACAACUUUCCUAUGUGACAACAAGCCCCAGUCUCCCCUACUAGUUGGUCUUCUCUCAUUUGAAAAGCUGGCUGUCCUGUACAUCAGGUAGUCCAUAUGACAAAUCCUAUGACACUGAACCCCCCAAAUUUUCACACAGAUACAGAUCAUAAAUGCUAAAAUAAUUUAAAAAAAAAUACACAUACUUAUACCAUUAUUAUUGCAAGGUAGCCAUAAAUCACAUGACCUUUGUUGUUAGUGUUGCUGUUGUUUAUCUAUCCCUCUCUUUCUGCAUCUCUCUCCAAAGUUUCUGUCCAUUAAAAGAAAGUUCUUAUUCUCUUAUAUCAAAUCCUUCCUGAUCCAUCUGUGAUAAAGAGGCCCUUUGUUCUGCAUUUCGACUGCUGUCCUCCACAGCUCCCUCUGGUGAAUAGAAGAAGGUAUAGCAGUUCAACAUUUUUAGCAGAAAGAGAAGAGCAAUGCAGACAGGACAGAAAAUAAAAACAGAUGAUUUUCACAUUAUUAAAAUAAAGAGCGGUAACACUUUACUUGACACCUAUCUCUAUAACGCAUUAUAAAUAUAUGUAUAAUGUGUUAUUAUCAUGUUAUAGCACUGUAAAACUAUAGUAAUAAACACUCAUAAAUGAUCAUAAUGCUUUAUAGCAAUAAUCAUAACACAUUAUAAAGCAUUUUAUCACGACUUACAAGGUCAGGUAUUAUAAUGUGUUAUGCUUAUUGUUAUAAAGCCUUAUGAUAAUUAAUGAGUGUUUAUAAUGAUAGUUAUACAAGUUUAUAAGCAAAUUAUAAUUCAUCAUAAAUAUAUGUACAGUGCAUAAUCUAUGUGGGCAUUGUCACACUGAACAGUUAUAACACAUUAUAAUACCUGACCUUGUAAAUCUUGAUAAAAUGCUUUAUAAUGUGUUAUGAUUAUUGCUAUGAAGCAUUAUGAUCAUUUAUGAGUGUUAAUAACUAUAGCUAUACAGUGCUUUAAUGUCACUAUACAGUAACUCAUUAUACAUAUAUUUAUAGCGAUAGGUGUCAAGUAAAGCGUUACCUUAAGAGCUACAAGCUGCAACAGUAGAAAAAAAAUAAGAAAUCUACCUUUACUUGGUGUACUCCCAGUUUGAUACUCCCACAACUCUCAGGCUCAUUAUGGUAGAGUAAACACCACAUGGUCAAACUGAACCUUGUCACCUCUCCUUAGAUUUGCAUGCGGCCUCGGUCCAGACUUCAGAGCGCUCCAGUCCGACUCAGAUGAGGCUCCUCUCAAGAAGGUUUGCUGAAGGCACUUGUUACUGACUGGCGGAUUAUGAGAGCGAGUGACUUUAUCUUAACCCUGACUUAUUGUUCAUGUGUAACGUAGAAGAAAUUUUCUCAAAGUGGAUUUAAGUGGACUAUGAACUACAAGCGGAGAAUGAGGGCUGUACCGGCAGAGCUUUGUUUGCUGGCAUGUUUGACUCUAAAUGUUGGCCUGACUUUGGGUAUGGGACCAAACAAAGGCAUGGUAUUUACAUUUCUAUUACCAGCUGGCACCACUGAGUGUUUUUUCCAAACCGCAGAGAAUAAUGGCAGCAUUGAAGUAAUAUAUCAGGUAAGAAAAUCUCCCUCUCAUUUCCUUUCUAGAUCAGAAACAAAGACAGUGUAAUAGAGUGAGUGUUAGGUUGCAAGAUUUUGAUAGAUUUAUUCAAGAAAAAGAUUAAAUUCUUACAAAAAGCGGCAAAUUAACCGGCUUUGGACUUUGGUCUUGUAGGUUGUAAGAUAAGACAACCACUGCUGCUAUUGUUGAAAGUCACUUGACCUUAGAUAGGGUAAAGAGAGCCUGAGACAUACAGAAGUUCAGAGCUACAUGAGAACAUGAUGCAGAGAUUGCACAUCAAUAUUUCAUAUUUCAGUUUUGUAAUAUUACAGUCAUAGCACACUUGUUCUCUAAUAAGCUUCUAUUUAUGACAUCUGAUUGACCUUAGUCAUCAUGACCGUGAUCUCUGUCUUGUUUCACUUCCGUCUGCUGCACUGCUGUCAUCUAACCACAACUGCACCACCUGGCAGCUGCAAGUAUAAGUAUUUGGUCAUCAACUCGGCUGCUGUUUGCAUGAGCAUGAGUCUUCUCCCCUCACUCCACUGACAGUCACAGCUGCAGCUAAUGCUUAACAUUUAUAUUCAUCAGCAGGCCAGUGAAAAACAUAAAGAGACUAAACCUUACAGGUGGCCCGCUGUGAUGGGCGAAAGAGUUAAUGAAUACUUAUCAGUGUCAGUUUUAUGCUUAUUAGUAGAUAAUGUGGCAGGCGAUGUGAGCUGGCUGGUUACUCAGUGUGCUAUCAAAGCUUAUAUUUGAAUUUCACUCUGUAGCUGCUUAGAUAGACUAAUGAAAGCAUGAGUGGCGUGUCUGAUGUGAGAACAUACAGAUAUCAGUGGAAGUAGGAGCUGGAAGCUGUAGUAUGUGCUGCAUUAGUGACCUCAGUCUUUUGUGUUUUCUUGCAGGUGAUAGCCGGGUCAGGUCUGGACGUCGGCUUCAGCCUCAUCUCACCCAGCGGGCACCGUCUGGCCUCCGACUUCAGGAAAUCUGAUGGCCUUCAUACGUGAGUCGAAAUGCUUUGAAACUCCCACUUGUGUUUGAUGUAGUCUUCUCUCCUGUCGAGACACUUUGUAAAAUGUAGAUUUAGAUGAUUUUUAAAAAUGAUCUGAAAAGAUAAUAGUUCAAGGUUUACAUAUCUCACAUCAGGGGAAAAAGCUCACCAUUCAAUGAGAGGCUGUGUGCAAAUGACUCAAAUUUCAGAGUAAUGUUCCUUGGUGUAAAAUUACACUAAAAAUAUGAGGAUUUCAGUAUCUACAGUUGGCUUGAAUAUCAUCAAAAGGUGAUAGAGAUGGUGGAAUUUCUGUGCAAAAAGUACAAGGCCAAAAACCAUAGACUGUAUAUACUAUAUAAUAUAAUAUAAUAUAAUAUAAUAUAAUAUAAUAUAAUAUAAUAUAUUUAAAUAUAAAAAUAUUAUAUUAUAUAUAGUAUAGGAAUUAUAUAUAUAUACUGUAUAUAUAUUCUAGUAUUACUAUACUAUACUAAAUACUAUUCUAUAUACAGUCUAUGCCAAAAAAAUGUCCUUUUGUAGUUUGUUAGUUUCCAAAAACAUCUAAUGUUUCAAACAAGAUAAAUAUAUAUAUUUGAUAAAUUUUAAGGACAUUUUGAUUUUUUUGGUUACAGUAGUUAGUGAACUAAAUAUUUACAGCACCAGAAGAAAUUGAAAUUUCCAGCCAUAAUUUGUGGUUUCAGGCAUUAAAGGGCUACGUUCAAUCAAGAUGGACUGAGGCAAAGUGGAAAACAGUCCUGUGCUCUGAGGACUCAAAAUAAGAGAUUCCUUGUGAAAACCAGGUUUAUAUGUAUUUAAACACCCCAUGCUGACAUCCAAACAUGCCUGUUUUUAAAAGGAAGGCCUUGCACAUUUCAUCAAGACAGUAUCAAACCUUAUUCUGUGCAUACCAUAACAGUCGCUAAGUCAAAAAAGGAGGUCUAUAAUUAAUGAUCGCUUAAAAACCUAUAUCAGGCCAAAAAAAAAAAAUCAUGUUCUUAGCACUUCCUCUUCCUCCAGAGAGAUGUUAUCCUUUGUUUAGUCAUUGCUACAGCAGGUACUUUCAGCCAUGGUUUGAAUAAGAGCAAAGGUCACAAAUACUGUCAUGUAUUUCUUAUCCUGCAGGGUGAAUCCCACAGAGGAGGGAGACUACAGGUUUUGUUUUGACAACAGCUUCAGUAAACUGUCAGAGAAGAUGGUGUUCUUUGAGCUGACCACGAAUAAUCCGGACAUAGAGGAAGGGGCUCAGGUUCAGUGGGUGGACAUGGACAGAACAGACAGCCUGCUGGAGUACAAACUGGAGGACAUUAGGGUAAGAUGUAAAAACAAAGAGACCGUUUCUCCGCUGCAGCCAUGAAACGUGUUCAGACAACACUUCAGUCACUUAGUGUUACUCUUUUUCAUGUAACACGUCCAAAGCUGUGACUUUCAUCUCCAUCUUUGCUUUUCCCUUUCCAGGCGACUAUGGACUCAGUGCACCGAAACCUGGAGCGGACUCGUCAGGUCCAGACUGUGCUGAGGGCCUUUGAAGCCAGGGACCGCUACCUUCUGGAGGACAACCUGUGGCGAGUGUCCUUCUGGUCCUGCCUCACUCUGCUUGUCAUGCUCACCGUGGCUGUCACCCAAAUCUACACCCUGCGUCGCCUCUUUGAAGACAAACAGCAUGUGCGCACAUAGUCAAAACAAAACUCCUGCUUCAUUUGCAUAUUUUCACACUUUUAAGUUUGACCUUUAAACACGUGACAGAUUCGUGAUAUUGAAAUGAAUUUAAAGGGGUAGUUCACACUUUUUUAAAACUGUCUCAUCAUGCAUUGAUGACAUUCUUUUAUAGAAAUCUCCUUUUUUUUUUUAGCAAAUUGUGAUUAAAGUUUCAUUUAUACUUAACACUUGGAUUUACAGUGAACUGUACAUAAUGUAAAUAUAAGCAGAAAACACCUGUAGCACUGAUACUCAGAAGUUAUGUCUCUGUGAAAGCUAGAAAAUCAAAUCCACUCUCACUGGGAUGUUAUUUUAUUGAGGUUCAAAAACUACAUUUUACAUCAACAUCGAUACCCCUUUACUCAGUUUUCACAAAACCAAGAGCAAACAAUAAUACACACACCACAUAUUAAAAAUCCUCACCUCCUGAGAAUGCACUGUAACUCUGUUUUUUUACUGAAUGAACAGUACAAAACACACCUAAAAUCAAAUUCGCAUGGUAUAACAGCUCCCUGAUCAAUGUCUCCAUCUGGAGGUUAAAUAGGCAGAAACAGUUGUAGUGAAGCACACGGCCGCUGAGCUUUGGCUGAGUCAUUCAGUUCCUUGGAGCCAUUUAUUUCAUUGUCAUUAUUCUUCAUGAGGAGAAAAAAAAAAAAAACAUUCGGCAGGAGCCUGUAGUGCAUUUCUGUGAAGUACAUCUAUAUUUUUCUAAGACUGUUUUAAGGAACAUUUUUGACAACUUGGUCAUAAUUUGUGUUCAUGUUUGACCACUAAGAAGGCACUAUAGUACAAAACAAACUGACCUGUUUAUGUGACAAGGAACUGUUUAAUCUGAUCUCCCACUAUUACAUCUUAGUAUUUGUAAUAAAGUUAAAUAUCUUAGUGCUUUGGUGAGAGAGGGAAUAGCUUACAGGGUCUGAGGUUUCUAACAUUUUAAACGGCAGAUUACAGGUUUUACUGUCAGUAUCAUGCAGGUCUGUAACAGAAGUUUUGCAGCUUUUUCUCUUUGGAUGAAGUAAAAAAUAAAGUAUGUCGUUCUCCUGCGGUCCUGCAUGGAUUGAAGGCGGGUCGUGUUCACUCCGGACUGCGUCGAGGUCACCAUUUGUUUGGACGUGGGGGCGGGCGCCUGUUCAAGAAGAAUCAACCAGCGUUAAUAUCUUAACCUUGUGACAUGCUCUUUGACAGGUGAUAACACGUCAGGAUCCAGUCAGGGGGAACGGCAAAGGUCAUCUGUAAUAAGGCUGGGUUUGGUGUUUAAAGGAGUUCAUUAUCCAUUCUCAGAGGAGGAUAUAAUUAGACACAAGCUUGAGUCUUUUAUUGUUGCAGCUAUGUGUAAAAAGACAACUUUAAUGGGAUUGUACUGCUGAAGGUUUCCACUAAUUUAGCACCGACUAUCUUUAUGAUGCCAAUGUAUAAAAAUAUUUCCCACCAACAGAUUUCAGGUUUUAUCAUUGUGCAAAUUCGCUGUAAGAUCUACAAAAUCUGUUAUGUUCUUCUUAUACAUUAAAAUGUGUUUUCCUGUUUA